UGCAUCCUGGGCUCACGCCAUUGUGGAACUGCCUCUUCGUUUUCCAAGUCUCUUUCCAGCUGUUGACAGCCUAGUUAAUUCAACUACUGGGGCUCUUAGUAACGCCCUGACCCAAUCUGUCCCUGAUGGAAAGCAUAUUUCCGAAUAUCUGACAUCUGCAGGCAAAGUUCAGCAUCAGCUAUCCAUGUCAUUUGCUCGCUGUGAGGCAGAAAUCUUGUUCACAGAUGCACCCACAGCCCGAGAUGCAGCACGACAUCGAUCUACAAAAGGAAAAGGAGCUGGUGCAUGGCUGAACGCAAUCCCGACUUCAGAAGUGCUCGCACUAAAUUCUUACGAGUAUCGUUUAGCGUCCUUGCUGAGGUUGGGCUUGCCCAUUCCACUUUCUGACUGGAUGACAACAUGCAACUGUGGUGCCUCCCUGGACAGCAGUGGGUACCAUCUGCUAACAUGCAAAACCGGUGGAGGGCCAGUUUGGUCGCACGAAUCGCUUGCAUCAGUCUGGUCUGAUUGCCUGCGGGAGCUGCACAUCCAUCAUCGAAGGGAACCGAGGCAUCGGUAUGCCAAUUCCAAUGACCGGCCAGACAUUGUAGCCUUCGACUCAGACUCUGGGUGCAAUGUGGAUCUGGACAUAGCUCUAGCACACCCAUGGAGCUCGGACAUCUUCCCUAGAUCUUCGGAAACAGAUGGCGCCGCUGCUGAGAGAAGAGAGGAGAGAAAAAAGUCAAAAUACGAGAAGGAAUGUCUACCAGGUGGAACUGCUGUCAGUCUCAUUCCUCUGGUUAUGGAGCAUUUUGGACGCUGGGGUGUCAUGGGAAGAAACUUCCUGCAGAAACUAGCAAAGAAAUCAUGUGACGAAAUUGGUAGACCAAACGCUGCAGAGUUCCUUGACUUUUGGCGAAAAAGAUUCUCCCUUCAGCUGCAAAAAUGCAAUGCCAAAGUCAUACUGAGGAAGAUGGCAAGCUUGUCAAGUGACACAAGUAGCGCUAAGUACUCAACCCAGUUCUUUAGCCACUAGGCUGACCUGGGUUAUCUUUUAAGUUAAGUUGUUACUGUUUUUAGUGCUUUUUCCUGUGUACUGUAGCACCUAAAACAUUAUGUCAUUGCCUAGCACUCUUUGUAUGAUAGAUGAAUGUUUGAAAAUAUAUGUGACAGACAGACAGACAGACAGACAGACAGACAGA